CGUUACUUCCCCGUUCUCAACCAAUCAGAGGGCACGGCAGGAGUUGGAGCUUUUAAUGAGCCAUGAAUGCAAACAUUACCUUCGCGCCGGUCAUCUGAGCAACAAUAAAAUCAUGGGAAUACUCAACUUUUAUGUUCUUUGGUCCCUGCGUGAUGUGCCGCGACAGUUUAUCAGCAAAUCAAAUAGAAGGUGCUUCCAUGUCCACGUCCCGCUGCCUCUGCCUAAACAGCUGGUGAUCUUCGGUCUCGGCGAGUGGGGUUGUGACGAGACCACCAUCUCCGCGGAGGUCGUGGUCAGCGCUGAGGUGCGGCCUCAGAACAUUGGCACAAUCACCUCUCAAGCCAGGUGUUUGACAUUUGAGGACGGCUGGAGCACUGAUAUGGUGGCGGUGGCGGCAGAGAGGGGCAGGCGAGGAGUUUAUGGCAAGAUAGUGCUCACGGUCCAGGACCAAGGCACCAGCACUCCAUUGGCACAGAGGAAAUGUCUGUUCCCAGAACAGCUCAGCACCACAGGUCUUUUAUGCACUUCACACCAAAGUGUUGCAGAGGACACUGUAACCCUCAACUCUUCACAGUUGGGCAACAGUGUUUGCUCUGGUGAGAUCCAGAUGAAUAAAAUUGACACCACCGCUUCAGCCACAGGAAGUAAACCUUCACUUUGGCCGAUGGAUGAGAACCCCAGGCAGACUGUCAUCAGCGGGAGAGGUUCUUUAAAAUGGAGCUCCGAUGAUACGGACCGUCGCAUUGAGCGCGUUGGCCGAGCAUCGACUCCCAAAAAAAUGAGGCUGUCCAGGAUGAACAGCCAGGAAGAAAUGACUGUGCAAAUAAAGAAGGAAGAUCGAGAAGUUUCAGUGUGUCCGUCGAAGCGAUGGCGCCACACUAUGUGCCUCAGUGACCCGGACACUGCCAUUCUCAUUGGUGGAGAAACUUCAGAUCAGACCUCUUGCAAGGACUCCCUGUGGAAGCUGGAGUUAGACAAUGAUUUCUGGUACCCAAUGAGCUCCUCUACAUCUGGACCUGCGCCUCCUUGCACCAGAGGACACGCCGCGACUUAUGACCCAGACUCUAAGGCCAUCUUGGUUUACGGCGGCCUGAGGGAGGGCCAGCGCUACAGCGAACUGUAUAUCCUUAAUACUCUAACCUGGAAGUGGAAGCUUGUCACAGCUAAAGGGAAUAUUCCCACCUUGGCAUAUCACUCUGCUGCUUUUUAUAAAAAGGAGCUUUUUGUCUUUGGCGGAGUACAUCCGAGUCAGACGUCUGGGGAAAAGUUGUGCAGCAAUGCUUUGUACAUCUUCAACCCAGAGUUUCAACUCUGGUAUAAGCCUAUAGUGGAGGGGGACAAACCUCUGCCUCGCUUUGGCCACUCGGCCACACUUUUGUCACAAAAGUUGGUCAUAUUCGCUGGUCGGAAAACUGCCACAUAUCUAAAUGACCUCCACGUCCUUGACCUGGGUUUCAUGGAGUACACAGCUGUGAAAUGCGGGAACAUGCUACCAAUGCCUCGGGGGUUUCAUGCUGCCCUCCCAGUUUCAGACAACAGGAUUUUAGUGAGUGGGGGCUGCAGUGCAAUUGGAGCCUUGCAAGAUGUGCAUGUCUUCAAUACUGACACCAAUAUGUGGAGUUCAGUGGCUUUUUCUGAGUUGAGCUCCAAGCCUCGUGCGGGACACAGCAUGAUAAAUUUAACCUCGACAACAACUUUAGCAGACUCUCAUACACCCUGGGAGGAUGAACCUGUCAAAGUUCUUUGCACACUGCUGGUGUUUGGUGGCUCGGACUGCUCCGGUACUUUCUACAAUGACACUGUUAAGUGCACAGUGGAGAUUCCAUUGUAAUGAAUGGUGUUUGUUUUUAAUCUAGAAAAGACCAUGAAGUUUUCAAAACGUGUUCAUGUAAUAUUUGUUAAAAAAAAAAAAAUUGCAAUCAUUUGCAGCCUCUUUUGAUGCCUGACAUAAUUAUCCAUAGUUCCUCCAAGCAUCUGAUAUGCUGCAAGCUGUGGGAUGUCACACUUUGCAUAGCAAAUCUGUAAUUUGUGCAUUUUGCACAGUGGCCAUGUGCCUAAAUGAGCAGUGGAUAUUUAGGACGAGAAUGUUUCUUGGUUUUUCAAUAAUGAUAUGAAUAAAUGCCAAUGUUUUCCAACUAA